AUGCGAUGCCGACACGUCCGUCUGGCACCCACAUGUUCGGCUCAAUGUCCCACCGCCAAUCAUGCGAGCGCUGCCGGCAGCAAAAAGUCCGGUGUCUUCGAGACUCCACCUCUCAGAAGCCAUCACCAGGCCAGCCUCUACCAAAAUGCUCCAAGUGUGCAAAGGCAGGCACAGCAUGUGUGUAUCACUACAUUAAGAGCCAAGACAAAAAGACCGUGCUUCAACUCUGAGAACAAUAUGGGCCUGCCAUCUUUAGAGAAACAGACAGGUGGUUCUCUAGACGAUGAUUGGCUUGACUAUGACAACUUCAACUGGCACCAGACAGGCACAAUGGCCCAAGCAGACCUUGACCUCGAGAAUACGUCUCAGAUUAUUAAUGCAGACCUGAAAAUGAGUAAUGAUUUUAUGGCUGGGAUGGAUGCACACCUCGACGAAGGACAAUGGUGGGAUGAGACAACCCCGAUUCAAACACCAUUAUCCAAUAUCGAAGCCAGUGAUGACAGGCCGACGCCCAAUUUUCACAAGAACUUACCUCACAGGCUAUGGCUCGCUCCAACUGUGUCGUCGCAAUAUGUGAACCAGGCUUUCGACGGCACAAGAACCUUGGUACGUAUUAUCAACACCAUAUCCAUGAUAAUUUCCAGGGAGAAGGACGAGAAUACGUCAGAGAGUAUAUUCGGCUGUGGCAUUGGAGGGCUGGCCCUUACAACCCUUGCCUGUCAGCAGCAUCUUCUUGGUCUUUUCAAGGCAAUUUGCAAGUCUAUAGAACAUUGUGUUGAGGGAAAGUCGAGGGAAAAGACUGCUUUUGAAAUCAACCAUAGCAGCUCGCUGAUAGGGGACCCAGCUCCUUCUUCAGCGCAGUUUACAAUGGUUCUUCAAUUGUUGGUACAUCUUAUCAACCGGCUGGACAGGUGUCUCUUCGCAGGUACACAAACACCGAGCCCCAAUACGUAUCAAGGUGUCAUGGAUCUGACACGUAUGGAGAAGAAUGCAGAUGAACUUGGAUCUGAUAGAACAAGCAUUGCUGGUUUCGGACAGGGAUCAAUUACAGGGUUAUCACAGGAGCAUCAUAGACUAAGACAGAUUAUUUCCCAACUGCAGGGGCAGAUGGAUACGCUUGAGGAGAUUUGA